AUGAGUCAAAGCACGGACCAGACUCCAUUGACUGUUGAUAUCACACAAACAAAUUACAUGCCAUGGUUAGAACACAAUUUUCCAUGUGAUUGCAUAAUAUUCACAAACAAAGAAGUCAACAAAGUAGUUGAGAGUCUCUUGGGGUAUUCCAAAUUUUUUGAAGACUUUGUCUUCCUUUCGUUCAAAAAGUUUGCUGUUGUGAUCUCAAAAGACUUGCCAAACUCCGACGAGACUAUUUUGAAGCAUUAUGGGCAUAAAGGGAUCAUGGAGUAUGAGUCGACAUUAUCGCGUGAUAUUCUUCCUGGGCGAUGUCAUCGUAUUCGAGUGAGUUACAUAUCUUUUGAAGAAGACAAUGGGGGUAUUAAAAGGUUAGAGAAGUGUAUUAAACUCAGAGAACAAGCAAAAUUAUGUGAUGAGGUACAACACACGAUGACUCAUGAAAGUGGAUGUCAUUGGUGUUUGUCAUUUGCUUGGAAGAAUGUCGACUUGGAGUAUUUCAUGUACAAAAUAGCGUACAUUUGUCGACUUCGUGAUAUUGGAAUUUACAAGACACAGUUUGGGAUGUCGGGGAUACUUACAACACAAGCCCUCUUAUAUGGCAAAUUGGAGUUAAUGGGCGAAAACUUGAACGACUCAAAUCUGCGAAAUAACUUCAUCAACGAGUUCUCUGGGCUCCGUAACAUUUCCAUCGACGAUCAAAUCAGUUUGAAAUUAGUCGACAACAAGAUUAUUUCAAAUAACAAAGCGAUGGUAGUGAGAACGUUAGUGACGUUAGUCUCACAAUUACUUGGCGAGGUAGAUGAGACUAAAUACAAUGAAGAGAGUAUAACAGAGGCUCUAACUUUCCAUCCCAAUUUGACGAAAGAAAUCACAAAGGCUUUUGAAGUCAAAUUCAAACCGUCAAGUCAGCGUGUUGGGGAGUUCUGCGCGAUGGUAGAAGACUUAGAAAAUCAGUGCGACUUGAUAGAUACUGGUAGAAAGACAAAUGACGAGAGAAGGAAGACGAUCAUCAAGUCCAUCAUCAUUGCAUUGAAGUCGAUACUUAAAACGAACUUCUAUUGCAACGAAAAGUCUUCACUGGGGAUGCGACUCGAUCCAAAGAUCUUAGAACAAAUCCCUGGCUUACAGAAGACUGGAGUGUAUACAACACUUCCUGUUGGUAUUUUCUAUAUCAAAGGAUAUAACUUCUUUGGAUUUCAUGUGAGAUUUAGAGACUUAGCUCGAGGUGGGUUAAGGACGGUAAUAACUCGAGACUCCGACCAAGCGAAGUAUGAGCGCAAAGGGAUCUUUAAAGAGUGUUAUAAUUUGGCGCUGACUCAACAAAUGAAGAACAAAGACAUUCCAGAAGGCGGAAGUAAAGGAGUUAUCUACUUAGCGCCAACGCAAGCAAAGACGGAGUCUGAAAUAGUCUUUGAGAAAGUGAAAAUCGAGAGGAGGUAUACCACUGCAGAAGUCGACAAAUACAUCACUGAAAAGGAAACAGAGUAUUUGUAUCAAACACAACGCUCAUAUGUUAAGACUUUGCUGUCGCUCAUUGUCAUGAAAGACGACGCAAUCAGUGAAAAGAACAUCGUCGAUUAUUAUGGCCGCCCCGAGCCAAUUUACCUUGGCCCCGACGAAAACUUACACGACAAGAUGAUUGAGUGGAUAGCACAGGAGAGUGUUCGACAACAAUACUUUGCGGGCGCCGCAUUUAUCUCUGGUAAGAAAGCUGGGAUCAACCAUAAGAAGUAUGGCGUGACCUCUUUAGGUGUCUACCAAUACUUACUCGAAGGGUUGAAAGCCAUUGGUCUCGAGAACAAGAAUUACACAUUAAAAAUGACAGGAGGUCCUGAUGGGGAUGUUGGUGGGAAUCUCUUGAAGUUACUCGAGAAGUACCAGAAAGGACGAGUUAAAGUGAAUGUGAUAGUCGAUGGUACUGGGUGUCUUUAUGAUCCUCUUGGAGUUGAUUUGGAGGUGAUGAAUACCCUUUUCAAAGUCGUUCAAGGGAUUACCGCAUACCCCCCUGAUAAAUUGAAUGAAGGGGGGUACAUAGUUCAGAUCCAGACAACGCGAGUAAAGAAUGAAGUGAGUCGUGAGACGUUACGAAUUAAGAAAGAUAGGGGAACAGUCGUAGAAGAGUAUAUCCCAUCGAAUGAAGCGAUACGAAUAUAUACUACCCUUGCUCAUAAAACAGUCAGCGACGUAUUUAUACCGUGUGGGGGAAGACCGAGAACACUUCGCGUGGAUAAUGUUAAAGACUUCUUCAUCGAAGAUGUCCCGACUGCAAAAUUAAUAAUUGAAGGAGCUAACUUGUAUGAGACAGAAGACGCGCGACAAGUGUUGGAGAAGAGCGGAGUGUUAAUCUUCAAAGAUUCGUCAGCGAAUAAGUGCGGAGUCAUUUCGUCGUCGUUUGAAAUACUGGCCGGACUUGUUUUGACCGACGAAGAAUUCUUUGAGAUCAAAGACCAAUACGCCAAAGAAAUUCUGUUGAAGCUUGAGGAACUUGCGAGGAAGGAAGCGCGGUGUAUGAUAGAAUAUAAAGUUCACCAUCCUGAUACGUUGAUGUCUGAAAUCUCGAUCUUAGUCUCUCAAAAAAUCAACAAAAUGACAGAUAGAAUAUAUGGAGCUUUAGAACCUCUUGAUUUGUUUAGUAUUAAAAAUACAUUACUCUUGAAUGUUGUUGUCGAGUAUCUCCCACCUACACUUAAAGGUCAUUACUUGGAAUUGACUUUAAGAAAGUUAAAUCAACAGCAUAUGAAAGCUAUUAUAGCAACUUCUAUAGCUUGCGAAUUGGUUUACGGAAGAGGUUUGGAUUGGAAAAUAUCUGUUUUAGAUAUUAUUCCAACUCUUUUGGCACAAAAAUCUAAUUAA